CACAACAACCACUCUACAAAACCAGCAAACAUGUCGGCCUGGCGCGAGUUUUUCAACUGGAACAAGUACACCCAGAUCGCCUCGCGCGCCGUCCGCACCGCCCUCUCCGAGUCGGAGCGCGUCGCCGCCGAGAAGCGUGCCACUAUCGGCGUCAAGUACCAGGUCUGGGACAAGGGCGUCGCCGGCGAGUCGACCUACGUCGUGCCCCCCAAGGCUGGCGAGCAUUAAUAGCUGCCGCCUCGAGCACCAUACUGCACGGAUGAAUUAGUAGAAGCAUUG